AUGUUCGAAUCAAGAAAAGAGAUCUUGGUACAAUUCAGAGACUUGAGCUAUUCAAUCAAUUCAAGCGGAAGGAAAAAGAAGAUUUUGGACAAAAUAAAUGGAUCUUUGCGACCAAAAAGGCUAUGCGCUAUUAUGGGACCCUCCGGAGCCGAGAAAACUACACUUUUGGACAUUUUAGGCGACCGAAUCAAUACUGGUAUUACUGGAGAAAUUCUAAUAAAUGGGGCGACGAAAAACUCAAAGAUUUUCAAGAAAAUUUCGGCUUAUAUCAUGCAAGAAGACAAAUUGCAAGAAUAUCUGACAGUAGAAGAGUCCAUGCGGGUCGCAAGCGAUCUGAAAUGUCAUCCCUCUCCGAAAAAUUGUGAGAGAGUGAGGGAGAUAAUUGAGCAGUUAGGAUUGAUGGAUGAGAGAGAGACUCUUACGAAGAACUUAUCAGGUGGGCAGAAAAAGCGACUGGCGAUUGGGCUCGAACUUGUUAACAAUCCGCCUGUCAUGUUUUUCGACGAGCCAACAAGUGGCCUAGACGCCGUCUCCAGUCUACAGGUCAUUUCUUUGCUCAAGAAUCUCGCCCUUGCCGGUCGAACAAUCGUCUGUUCUAUUCACCAGCCGAGUAGCAGACUGUUUAAUAUAUUUGAUGAUCUUUAUGUAAUUGGGAGGAAAAAAUCCGUGUUUUCAGGUCCUGUUAGCUCAUUAGUUCCUGCCAUGGAAGCUGCAAAAAUCCAAAUCCCGACCUACUUCAAUCCAGCUGAUUAUGUCAUUGAGCUAGCAUCUGAUGGAAUCUCCAUACCCAACCCUAGACCUCUUCAAACUCCAGACCCUCCACAACUCUCCCGAAUGAAAUCCACUGUCGAAAAAGAGCUCUCCGCCCAAAACUGCUACCAAUGCCCACUCUACAAACAAUUUGCAAUUCUCCUCCGCCGCCAGUUCAAAAUCAUCUACAGAAAUGCCUUUGUCUUCCAUUUGCGAUUCGUUUCUCACGCACUUGUUGGCCUUCUCUUCGGAGGUCUUUAUUACAAAAUUGGAAACGAUGCGGACAAAACUUUGGACAACUUUGCUUUUAUUUUUAUUUCCUUGUUGUUUCUUCAAUUUUCUGCAAUCAUGCCAUCCUUGCUUGUUUUCCCCAUCCAAAUAUCCGUAAUGAUGCGGGAAGUACGCAAUCGCUGGUACAACGUGGGCCCGUAUUUCCUGGCUAUAACACUGGCUGAGCUUCCUUUUCAAAUUAUCUUCGACUACAUCUACCUUGUUAUUUCUUAUUUCAUGACAUCGCAAGUUCAAUCUCCUGCUCGUUUUUUCAUGUUUUCGACGAUUUGUAUCAUCAACUCUCUUGUUUCCGCGUCAAUGGGGCUUCUCAUCGGCGCCGUGGCUCCUUCAGUCGAGUCCUCAUCUUUCAUCGGCCCUUUGGCUUGUAUACCAGUGCUUCUUUUCGCUGGAUUUUUCGUGCCCGUCAAGAACAUCGUUAAAUACUUACGUUGGAUUUCGUACACCUCAUACGGGUUUUACUCAUUCGACGCGCUGGUGAUUUCAAUUUACGGGACAUUUUACCAAGUUCCACCGAGAGCUCCGCUUUUUUGCCCAGGAAGGAGUAAUAAGGAGGACUUAAUUUCAGUUAGAAGUGAAAAAAAUGAUAAAAUGCGGUUGAAACUGAGAACCGUCAAACUCCACACCUCCUCAAGCUCUCUUCUUCCAAUCCACAAAACUGACAGCGAAACAAGCCUUCGACCAGCGGACGAGCUUGACCAUGAUCCAAAGAAGCUAUUCCGCAAUGUUGAGCUAAAAUGGCACGACAAUUUGCACAAAAUUCCGUAUAUCAUCUCCAAGUCUGGAAUUCGGCGAAAACGAGCCAGCGCGUUCAAAUCAAUUGCUUUCAUGGCGGUUUUCUAUCUCUUUGAACCUGAUCACAACUUGCUCAAAACAAAAGGAGGAAAAAAUUGGAUGCGACCAGAAAUCCAAGAAGAAUGGGCGUCAUUUAUUCUCGAUCUCUUCCAAUGCAAUGUUACGAGCCCUUACUUGUUGGAAUCUCCAAAAACGAAGAAUAAAAUUGUGUUUGAGAAACACAUCCGCCUUCUGAGCAAAAAAAUUUGCAAUGGCAAAAUGUGCAGACAUUAUAAUAUUCACGAUGUGGAAAAUCUUUGCAAGAAAAAGAAGAGGGUGAUCAAGACGAUCAAACCAGCGAAUAUCGAAAUUUUAUUAAAAGAAGCAGAGCGAAGAAAUGUCGAUUUGAGAGUUCUUCUCUACUUCAGAGACUCCCGCCCGGUGUUUUUGAGCCGAAAAAAGGCUGGAGAGCUGAAGGAUUAUUAUUUGAAUAUCAAUCGAUAUUGCAGUGAAAAAUUGAAGCAACAAGAAUUUUUCGAAGAAAAUUUCUAUUUGCACUCGAGAUUGAUGUCUUCCAAAUUUGAAGAUUUCGCGAUAGAACCAGAAAAACAAGCAAAUACUGUCUAUAAUUUUCUCAAAUGGGACUUUCCUCCGAACCUACAUACCUGGAUCAAGAAGAACACGGAAGCACCUUCAAAAAGUUCAGGGUCAAAAUAUCAAUAUGGAACUUCGAGAAAUUCUUCAAAAAUUGUGUCUCAAUGGGAAAGUCAAAUUGGAAAAGAACAGAGGUUUUUGAUUGAAACUAUUUGUAAAGAUUAUUUGGAGGGGUUGAGUUAUGUCUGA